UUUCACUUCCGCACUUUCUUUCUCUCUGGUCUCUCAAAAUUUUCCCGAGAAAAUAUGCAGAGCCCCAGCCGGACCGAGGCCGAACGCCUCCUCGGCGUCGCCGAGAAGCUCCUCAUGGCCCGCGACCUCAGCGGGUCCAAGGACUUCGCCAUCCUGGCCCAGGAGACGGAGCCCCUCCUCGACGGCUCCGACCAGAUCCUGGCCAUCGUCGAGGUCCUCCUCGCCACCGAGAAGCGCGUCAACAACCACCACGACUGGUACGCCAUCCUCCAGAUCGGCCGCAGAUCCGAUGACCACGACCUCGUCAAGCGCCAGUACCGCCGCCUCGCCCUCCUCCUCCACCCGGACAAGAACAAGUACCCCUACGCCGAUCAGGCCUUCCGCUUCGUCGCCGGCGCCUGGGCCGUCCUCUCCGACCCCGGCAAGAAGUCCCUCUACGACAAGGAAUUCAACCUGUUCUCCAAGGUCGAUCUGUCGCCGGCGGCGGCGGCGGCCGCUGGCGCGAAGCUGCCCGUGCGGAGGGGCGGCCAGCUGAGCCGGGGCUUCGGCCAGCAGGAGACGGUGGGCGGCAGCGGCAGCGGGAGCGGGCACGGCAAGGGGGGUGAGAAGCCGGCGGGAGCUGCGGCGAGGUCGGCCAGCUUCUGGACCGCGUGCCCGUACUGUUACGUGGUGUACGAGUACCCUGCGGUGUACGAGGAGUGUUGCUUGAGGUGCGAGAGCUGCGAGAGGGCGUUCCACGCGGUGGCGAUCGAGGGGCCGCCGCCCGUGGUGCCCGGGAAAGAGGCGUACCACUGCUGCUGGGCGGUGUUCCCUUUAGGGUUCACGAUCGGGAAGUUCGAGGGCGGAGAUAAGGUCGGACCCAUCGAGGGCGGGCUGCCGAAUUGGUUCCCGCAGCCGUCGGCAGAUAAGAAUGCCGGGAUGGCUCUGCAGCAGCAGCAGCAGCCAGCGGCCCCAGCGCCGGGUGGGGGUGUGCCGAAGAAGAAGAGGGGGAGGCCGCGGAAGAACCCGUUGUAAUGUGGACUGUGGCAAACGUGGUUAUCCCUCUAAAGUAAAAGCAGAGUAAUUUGCAAUGCUUCCGAUGGCUGGUUGAAUCUCGGAGUACAGUAAGAGAUCAUCAGUUUCAAAACUGGGCUUUUGUGGAAAUGGGGAUGGUCGAGAGCUCGAGAGAGGUGAAGUAGAUAAUCACAAUGUUCGAGGCCGAGGAGGGUUUCAUCAGAUGAUCUGAGCAGAGAUUGAGGUAAUGGCGCGAGACAAACUUUAAGCAGGUUACAUUGUUGUUGUUUGUUAGUUGUCUUCUGUUCUUGUUUGUAGAAUAUUGGGCAUGUUUAUGUAUGCUGUCCUGCACCGCAGUUGGGUAAUGUAAACAUUGUAGCUUAAGAUCUUUGAUCGAUGUUCUUGAAAAGUAAGUAGGACCUCUUUGGCCAUGGCGGUUGAUUUCCUCUUGAACACAAUCACAAUCAUCUUGGAUUUCGAA